AAGCCUCUCACAUUCCCACAAGCGUAGAAGCGCUUUGGAGGAAUUGGAUGAAGCUGUCGCGUCUCUCUCCGGCUCAGAGGAAUAAAAACACGCUGGUAUACAGAGCUCACCAUUUUUCUCAAAACGCAACAGCUUGUUACUGAGAUUUUCAAUCCUUUUUUCCUCCUUUCUUUUUGUCUUGACGUGAAACCAAGUUUUUGGACGCGAAACCCGGGGUAAGCGGGAGUUUUACGCAUUGAGGCAACCGGGAGGGACAUCACACGAGCGGCUUCUGCGGUCAUUUUUCCAACUAAACGAGGGAUAUUUUUCCGCUGGGGAAUUACAAGCUGAGCAUUUAUGACUUUAAAUAGGCGGGAUGUGUUAAAGGAUUUUCCCUCAGUCGUAAUUAGGAGCGCGUUUCACCGCCCUCAUUGUCCUGAGCGCACACACUCUCUCCAUAUGGAGUAAAACGUGUUUCCGCGCUGAAUAAAAGUCAUCAAUAGACACACCGUGAAGCCUCACAGUUCCACUCUGACCCCAACAAACUGUAGAAAUGUCAAUGCAGCGUUUCAAUUAAAGACCUUGGAUGUAGUAAGGAUCUGUGCUGCUGUUUCCCAGCCCUGCAUGGGGGCCGAACUGUCUCCUGUCAUCUUCAAUUUUCUCCGGCAUGGCAUUUCACUGGAAGUAGCUCUAAAAGCGGGAAGAUGGCUUUUUACUUCCCCCCAGGUUCCAGCCUGAUCUCCCUCCCUGCCUAAUGGCACAGUGACACUGAUAACGCGGCUUUUGUGAAGGUUAAGUAUGACCGCAGCAGCAGGUGUGCUAACAGGCUUGGCCAAGCUAAAACGCCAAGACUCCGCCCGCUCUCAGCACCGACCCAUACCACCAUCCCCGGGCCUGGGAAACCCCACCCCAGAGGCUGCCCCCAGAAAGAGAAAGCGACGCACUGAUGUUGUGGUGGUACGCGGCAGACUCCGCCUCUACUCUGCCUCUGGGUUUUUUCUCCUCCUGGGACUGGUCAUCUUAGCCAUAGGGAUCGGCAUGGCGACGUUGGGUUAUUGGCCACACAGUGAAACCAUGCCCUCGGACAACUCGGCGACUGGGGGAGGAUCUAAGACAGCAACUGCUGGAGGAGACAAAACAUCUUCAGCAGGUGAAGGAAAUGGAGCCGAGAUGUCCGUCACAGAUGGGGAUGUGACUAACUCCAGCACGAGUCAUAAUGUGCAAGGUACACCCUCCAAGCAGACCGGGGGAGCUUUUACGCGGUUCCUGGAGCAGCAUCGUCAUUCUGAGCGGAUGAAGAUGCUCGGGCCGUUCACCAUGGGCAUUGGGAUUUUUAUCUUUAUCUGUGCUAAUGCCAUUCUUCAUGAAAACAGAGACCGAGAAACAAAGAUAAUUCAUAUGAGAGACAUGUACUCCACAGUCAUUGACAUCCAUCGUCUCAGGCAGAGAGAGCAAAAACAACACCUCCACCGCAACAGCACCUAUUCAAGAGAAGCUGGGGACCUCCGAGUCUUUGGAGCAGAUAACGCAGCACGGCUAGCCAGUAACUCCCUCCGGGCCUUCUCCUCUCGGGCAGGAGGAGGCUCUACAGAGGAGGAGGUGCUAUUAGGGGAUGAGGAGUUUCACAGACAUCAUGAACAGGCUAGGCUGGAUUGUAGCUUUGCAGGGCUGCUGGCACCGCUCUACAAGGAUCGUCCCUUCUGUAGCCCAGGGUUUGGGCUGGCUCACUCGGAUUCGAUGAGCCAUCAGUGGUCAGUGGACGGAGACGGCGAGAAGGGAGGACACCAUGCUCGCUCUAUUGUUUCCUCUUCGAUCUCCGCAUUUACUCUCCCUGUUAUAAAACUCAACAACUGCGUAAUUGAUGAGCCAGAGAUGGAGGUGAUUACUGAGGAGGACAGAGGAGGAGAGAGAAGAGACGGGGAGAGGUCGCAGCCUCUGAGCUCCAUGGAGUCUCUGGCUGUUCCUGUAGCAUCUGUUGCCAAGGCCUCCAAACCGCCGAGCUUACACCGGAGUAACUCUGCCUCCUCCUCAUCCCACUGCUCCUCCAUCUCCUCUUCCUCCCUCUCCCCUGCUCUCUCCUCUACCUCAGGCUGCUGGCUCUCCCCGGGAGCAGCACGCAGUGACUUUGGCUCCAACUCCUCUCUGCACAUGCUCAGCAGCCACUCCAAAUCUCUGGACCUGGAGCGCGGGCCAAGCAUGCUCAGCGUGCACCCGGAGCAGCGGAAGCACCCCAGCUGGCCCCGCCUUGACCGUAGCAACAGCAGCCGCAGUAACAGUGGCAACCGGGGCAGCAGUAAAGGCUACAUGCGGCUGGAGGACAGGGAAGAGCAAGGAGAGCGGCUGCUGGAUGUGUCAUCGUCUGCGACAGUGAGGCGCGACUACAGUAAGCGUGAGAAGCUGCUAAUGAUCUCGAGGUCGCACAAUAAUCUGAGCUUUGAGCAUGACGAGUUUAACAGCAACACACUGAAGAGAGGCAGCUCUGAGACUCGAUUCUGAAGGUGCUGAACUAAAGGCUGAAGACAGUCCUGUCCUGUUCUGUAAAUUGCUCUCCAGAUAGUCUGAGUGUACAGUGUUUGUGUCAGGGAAACUGACAAGUGUAACAGCUGCACCCUGAAGAGGGGAAGCUCAAAUUUGGAUUCAAAAACACUUUUUGGCGCAGCAGGCUGGAGAGCAGUGAGUAAUGGACCAUCUUUCCCAGUAUAGGGUUCAGGCCUUGUGUCUGCGAUACACUGCCUACUGUACCAGGUCCAGAGGUGCUGUUCUGUAGCUGACCCUGACCUGUGACCUCUGCGGGAGGGAGGCAAGUGAAAGGAGAAUUUCCCAACAGGGAUCAAUAAAAAUAAAUCAUGUUACUUUAUCAGUCUACUUUAUACAAAAAUAGUUCUAAUAAAGUUUUAACAGAAUCUCAACCCCGAGAAAAGGCUUUAGGAUCGAUACUGUUUCAUUAGAACUGGCUUUGAAAAGUGCUUUUCUCAAAGUGUGACAAGGUUUCAUUCCAGCAGCUGCUGGUGAAAUCAAGGACACGAUGGAAAUGCUUUGAGCAAGUUCUCUCAGUGACACUAAGGCAAAUCUUUUAUAACACAGUCUAGCCUGAACUUGAGAAAUGAGCAAGACCAGUUUAAUAUCAGAAGAAGCUCUAAGACAACAAUAAUAUCAUUGAUUUUAGCGAUACAGGCUGAUAGUGUUAAUUUUCAGCUAAUCUACCAGUCUUGACACAAGAUCAGUUAUGACAACUUAGCUGAUCCAGAAACAAGAUGAUAACUGUUGACAUUUAACAGCAGACUGCAGCUACAAGGCUCUUAAGUCCAAAAGAUAUAGAUACUAGUGGUAAGAUAUUUGUUUUCAAGGUAGUAACUGUAUGUUUGUGUUUGUCUGAUCCUCAGAUUGUAGUAGAUGUAGAGACAGAGCCACACAAAGAGCAAAGUCAGACAAAGACAGUUACUUCAGUGUCAGCAGGCGACAGCGCAGAUGUAAGAUUCAAAUCAAGCUGCUAGGCUGCAAAAUAAUAAAACAAUAAUAGAGCUGGUGUUGCCCUGCAGUCACAGAAUUGUUGCCUGUUCUCUAGAACUAUAGUAAGAAGUUUUGUAUGUCCACUACUGAAAACUCGAUCUCUACGUGCUACGGGCAUUUUAAGUUUAUUUCUCACUAGAAAAGACCUUGAUUGACUUCACUCAGGAUUUGCAGUCUAUUAUUUAUAUACUGGUCAUUUUUGUCUAUUCAUAAACCCAUUCAUUAUCGGAGAAAACCCCACUAUUUGAAUCUUUGUAGACUUGAGUAUGACCAGAAGUCUGAUGAUCAGGGUUGUAAGUAAUGAUUAUUUUCAUCACAGGUUUUCCUGUGACUACAUUUACCAGAGCUCAAAGUGAUGAAUCAAAAUUACACACUAUUUCUUACUAACAGUCAUGAAAUUCAAAGUUACUCUGUUUGUAAAGCAAAUAUUCACAUUUAAGGCAUUUCUAGUUGAUAAAUGACUUAAAACAAUUGAGCUAUCCAAAUUCUGAUUGAUUAAUUUUAACACCUUUUUGGCUCUGCACAAUCUAUCAAACAAUCCCUGAGACAGAAAUCAGUAUAGAACAGUGAGUGAUGUACUGAUAUUGCACUUGAGCUGACAAUAAAAGCAUUAUGUACACAUGUAUUUUUAUAAAUCCAGGGACCUAUGACACAGUUCUCGUUGUUACAACAAAUCAUCUGCUGCUUUUUAAAUAUUUUAUUUUCAAUAUUCGCCACACGACCAAGGUCACAGGACGGACUUCAGUAAAUCAGCUACUGAGGAACACAGUAAUAAUGUCUGUAUUUACGAGCCAACAUGACGCCUCCAUAUUGCUUAAUAGCUCUAUUUCAGGUUCUGUUUGGUUUGUCACCUUACAAGUGCUGUCAAAUUUAACACAUCUGUAAAUGUUGUUAAGAACAUCUCUGUUAGUUUUAAUGCAACACGUGAAGAGAAACACAUCUUGAUAUUUUGAAAUCUUACUUAAUGUAAGUUGAAAAAAACAGAGCCCCUUUUAAGAGUACAGGAAACUUAGCAGAGAGCUUCGUUAACUGGUUCCCAGCAGUUUAUGGGUCAAUGUCCAAUUUUAUCUUCUCUCAAAAUAAAGUGUAUUUUCACUGAAA